AUGGCGAGAUUCUUCAUCACUGGAUCUUCCGAAGGCCUCGGAGCGGCUUCUGCGAAAGCUUUGAUCGCUAAGGGCCACUCUGUGGUCGUACAUGCCCGCGAUGAGGAAUGUGCAAAAGACGCCAGAGAAAAUGUUCCUGGAGCAGAAGCAGUCCUGAUCGGCGACCUACGCAGCCUUGCUGAGACGAAAAGUCUAGCAGAGGCCGUUAACAAACUUGGUACCUUCGACUGCGUUAUCCACAACGCUGCCAUAUGCAUGGGCCCCUACGAAGAAACAGUCGACGGUAUCCCAUCCAUUGUCGCUAUCAACUCAGUGGCACCUUAUGUUCUAUCGGUACUCAUCAAACGUCCCAAACGCUUGGUUUACAUCACUUCAGGAAUGCACGAAUUUGGUACCAGUAGCUUGACUGACAUCUUCUGGAAACUGCGUCCAGCUGGUCUGUACGAACAGUUCAGCGCAUACGGCUCGAGCAAGUUUUUGCUCAUGUUGUUGAUGAAGGCUUUCGCCCGGAUGUGGCCGGAUACAGUGAGUACCUCGCUCGAGCCUGGCCAUGUUCCAACCAGAAUGGGAGGCCCGACUGGCGCAGAUAGUCUCGAAGCGGCUGUCGACCUUUAUCUCUCGCUUGCCGAAGGAGAAGAUGAGAUAUCCAAGAAGAGCGGGUCUUACUUCUAUGUGGGCAUGGGCGAGCUUCCAGUCUUCAAGGCCGUUGAGGACGUUGGGGACCAGGACAGGCUUAUUGAGAUAUUUGCCGAGUUCACUGGUGUCAAGCCGUAA